AAGCCGUUCCUUCCUGUAUUUAUAGGUUUGCUAUGCAAAUGAGCAGCCUCUGUUUUCUAGUUUUCUAUUGGCAGUUGGAUUCAACAUAUGGUUUCGCUUUUUAUGCUGCAAUUGGUCAAUGUGAGAUCCUCGUCUUCAUUGGUUGCUCAGAGAGUGACAUUUUUCAACCAAUCAUGAUUCACUAAUCCGUCCAGGAGAGGGGAUAAAAGAGCAAGAAUCGUUGCGUCAUUAUGCUUUUUCCAUUUGUGUUUUUGUGAACGGUGGUUCCUGUGGUGAAGAAGAGUUGCGAUGUCGGGCCGAGGGAAACAAGGCGGCAAAGUGAGGGCUAAGGCAAAGUCUCGUUCAUCGCGGGCCGGCUUGCAGUUUCCGGUUGGCCGUGUUCAUCGGCUUCUCCGGAAGGGUAAUUAUGCUGAGCGAGUUGGAGCUGGAGCCCCUGUCUAUAUGGCGGCUGUCUUAGAAUAUCUGACCGCUGAGAUUCUUGAGUUGGCUGGUAACGCUGCUCGGGAUAACAAAAAAACCAGAAUCAUCCCCCGCCAUCUGCAGCUCGCCAUCCGUAACGACGAGGAGCUCAACAAGCUACUGGGGAAAGUCACGAUCGCUCAAGGGGGUGUCCUGCCCAACAUCCAGGCUGUGCUGCUGCCUAAGAAAACCGAAAGUCAUAAAGCCAAGAGCAAGUAAAAGUGUCUUAGACAAAACGUUUUUCUCUUAGGGUUCCCCACGUUCUGCAUGAAGGAAUAAACCUUUCGAAUUACCAGUAGCUGUAUUGCAAUGAAUUUCUAGGUGUUAUCGAUAUAAUUUACUAUAUCUAUUCUUCGUUUUCGAAGAACAAAUUUUUAAUUUAAGAUUGUGGUAGUUUAGUAUAUGACAGGUUUCAGAGUAGCAGCUGUGUUAGUCUGUAUCCGUAAAAAGAAAAGGAGUACUUGUGGCCCCUUAGAGACUAACAAAUAUAUGGAAACGAAAAGUAAAUCGUAAAACCUCACUUCUGCUAUGCUCCGUAUUUAACUCAUCUCCCCAGUAUUUUAAUUGUGGUGUCGUUCUGCCUGUCUCUUACAAAUGUAUCACCUUCAAGGUCAUUCCGAAAAAGGACCCUUAGAGACGUGAAUGAAUUUAGAGGAUUGGCUGAAACACAAGCACAGUAAGAGGUGGAUGUAUACAAUAAAAAGGACAAAAAGUAUCAAAA